UCCGUGUUUGUACUUGUAUUGUGUUCUUUCCCUGUUAUUUGGGCGUUGUAAAUUGUAAAAACAUUAUAAUGCAAAAUAAUUAAGAAAAGGAAUGUGCAUAUAACGUUAGUAACAUUACAAGAUGAGUAUAUCUGUACAGUAAUCGUUUCUAAAUAAUAAAAUGCUUUAGAGCUCCUUUAUGCAGUUAGACCAUCAGCAACUUUAUAAUCGGCUAUAAUUAAGAUCACAAACAUACGAUAUGCCGGAGCAAAGUAAUGACUAUCGGGUGGUUGUUUUUGGAGCGGGUGGUGUAGGGAAAAGUUCACUGGUUCUUCGAUUUGUGAAAGGAACCUUCAGGGAGUCAUACAUACCGACGAUUGAAGACACCUACAGACAAGUUAUCAGCAGCAACAAAACUAUUUGCACAUUGCAAAUCACGGACACAACUGGUUCUCAUCAAUUUCCUGCAAUGCAGAGGUUAUCCAUCAGUAAGGGCCAUGCAUUCAUAUUGGUAUAUUCCGUAAGCAGUCGACAAUCACUCGAGGAGCUGAAGCCUAUAUGGCAGACGAUAAAAGAAAUUAAAGGAGUGGACCUACCCAACAUACCUGUAAUGUUAGCAGGGAACAAAUGUGACGAGAGUCCGGAAAUACGCGAGGUUUCUGCAUCAGAAGGACAGAGUCAAGCUCAAGCCUGGGGUGUUUCUUUCAUGGAAACAUCUGCCAAAACUAAUCAUAAUGUCACACAGCUUUUCCAGGAACUAUUAAACAUGGAAAAGAACAGAAAUGUAUCCCUGCAGGUGGAUGGCAAAGGAAAGAAGAAAAAAGACAAAGUAGUGAAAGAAGGUGAAGCAUCGGCUAGCGGUCGAGAGAAAUGUCUUGUUAUGUAAUACGGUAACAAAUUAGAACGAUUUUAAAACCCAACUUUGAAAUAUUUAAGUACACAGUCAUUUUACUUCUAGUCAUUAAAACAUGGUCCUGGAGGUUAAAGCACGGAUUUAUCCAUAAGUAUUUAUUGUAUUUUAUGAGAAUUGUAGUACCUAAUUAUUAUGCCUUCAUUAUUUUCAUUAAAACAGAGCUUGAAAUUCAUCAAAGCAAGAAUAUUUUGCUAUAUAGUACUUAUAUUAAGUUAUUUACACUAGUUACAUAAUUAAUGAUGACUGACAUGACACAGAUAUGUUGAUUAAAUCCGUAUUGUUAGUGCGAAGAUACAACGAAAUGAAGUCUAUAGGACUUAACUGUUAUUCAAUUGUAUGCUGGUAAGUGUAAACAAUAGACAUAGUUUGUUGCGUUUAGCUCUAAUAAUUGUCUGAAGCAGAUUUCAUAUUAAUAAUAAUUGUUAUCAUUAAACAUAAUAAUGUGCCACUGCAGCAAUCUUGGUGGUGGUGAAACAAGUGCCUAAUGUUUUUUUUAUACAUACAGACAGCUAUCAUAUAUCUACUGUUUUUAUGAUUAUUUGUUAUUAUCGAUGUAUUUUAGCUACAAAAUGAUAGUAAUUUCAAUUUUCAGGAAUUAUAAUAUUUUGAAUGUGAAAACUGCUUCAGCAAAGCAAAUAGGCUUAGCAAAGUAAGGUGUGAAAGUAACUGUUCCUAGUCACAUUUAUUUUUAACAUUCCAAGCUAAAUUUCUAGUCCCUAGUGAUGUUUUCAUCUCGUAAGUUACAUAAAAUUACAAGAAUGAACAUUGAGAGCAUGAUAGCAUUGUGAGAAUAUUUUAAUUGUGCCAAAUUAAUAAUCUGUCACUAACAUUUUUUUCUGCAUUUACAUUCUUAAUACGCUGAAACUUACCUUUAUAAAAGGUAUUUAUGAAUAGUGUAACAUUCACAGUUUAGCAGCACAAGACGUAUUCCGAGUUUUGCAAUAAUUUCACUGUUUAGAGUUCAUCAAGUCUCACUUUGGCUUUAGGGCACCUUUUUAUGUAGAAUUCUCACAAUGAUGAUGGAUGUUUUACUGUUAAUGUAAUUUGAUUGGGGCACAGCCAUCAUUGGUCCGAUUUUCAUCAGAUUCCGCUGUCAGAUAUAAAAAUGUAAAUUUAUCAAAUAAUUUAAAGACUUCUAUGUAUACUAUUGCGUCAAACAGCGUGGGUGGCUAGUUACCUUAAAUAACAUCAAAUCACAUAAAUACAAUGAGCAUGUAAUUUUAAGUAUACAUAGAUGUCUUUGAUGGUAUGAUUGGUUGAUACCAAUGGUAGUAUGGUCAGCCACAUAAUAGUUACUUAAAAGUAAUUUUAUUUAGUCUGAACUUCAAACAACAUUUAAUGUUAUUAGUAACAAUCUAGUCAUUAUUAUUAAAAUGUAGCAGUCGCUAGUUUAUAAUGCACUUUAUUUAUAUCAUUCACAACAUAUCCAAUUAGAUUUGUCCAUAUUAAUAUUUAAAGUUUUAAUUAGUCAAUGACCAUCGUCAUGUAUCUAGUGAGGUAUUUUAUUAUAAUACGAGUGACAGUGCAACUUUAUUUUAAUGUGUGAUUUGGCAACUAAAUAUUCCAGUCUAUAUAAAUCUUAGGAUGUUUGUACUGUUAACACUUUCCCCAUAUUAAUGCAUGCAUUUUUAUGUAUUACUUGUACCUUAAUAUCACUACACAUUGUUCACGAAAUUUGGUCUUUGCAAAAAUAUUUGCACUGUGUGUAAUAAACUUUAUUUGGCUUAUUGGCAGUAUCUGAAUAUUUAUUGUAAGUAAACUAUGAAAAAAAUUGUUAACACUGUAUUGUUAAAGCUGGACCAAAGUUGUUUGAUGUUGAUUGAUGUAAGUUUAUGAUAGUUUUCAUUUUGUCUGUUGACUUAAAUGUUUUUGAUAAUAUUCAUCUGUUCUUUACUAUAAAUCUAUAAAAAUUUCAUGCCCCGGCUGUUGCAAACUACAUUAUGAUUAAAAAUGUAUGUAGUAACGUUAAAGUGGUUAAAGUCAUGAAAAAGAGACAUCAAUGGAAAAGACAUUCCGCACUUAUUGCGUAUGACUUUGGUUUAGUGAAAUGAAUUAAAUUAUUUAAAAAAAUCUAAAUGAAUCGGUAA